AUGUCAACAGAACUUAAAAGACAAUAAAAUUUUUCUCGUGUUUAAUCUACAAAUAUCAAUAAGGCUGCUGAGUAAUGGAUAGUUGAUACUUUAGCAAUGGAUAUUAGAUUUAAAACUUUGGAAGAAGUUGGAAUUAGUAGACAUUAAUUAAUGGUAAAAUAAAAUUGUAAUAUUAAAGGGUAGAGGAUUAAAAAAGGAUACAAUUGAUCGUCUAUAUAAAGGGUUGUAUGUUUAUUCUAAAGGAUUUAAUGAACUUUUAAAUUAGUGUAUUGGAGAUGAUAUUUUAAUAGUAAAAGGGUUGAUUUGGAAAGUGUUCUUAAUUUUAUUAGAGAGAUAUAAUAGUUCUGAUUAUUAAAUGAUGAUGUAACAAUUAAUGGAAUAACAUUUUAAAGAAGUGAAGUAAGUAAUAAAGGAUAAUGAGACAAUAGGAUUUUAUAAUUAAGAAUUGCAAAAUAAAUUAUAAGAAGAAUAAGAGAAACAAGAAGAAUAGAUUUAAAAUCAUAAUAAGAUUGAAUAAAACUUAAAAUAUUAAUUAGAUAUAUUGAAUAAUAGAUAUUUAUUGGCUGAUGAUGCUGCUGAAAGAGAAUUGGAGAAAAGAUUUAGACUUGAAAACAAAACAGGAUAAAUAAGAUAAUAAUUUAGUGAAUUAGUAUGUAAAUAAUAAUUAUUAUUGGAUGAAUUGUAAUAUCUUAAUAAAUAAUUAUAAUAAAAAUAGAAUUAAAAUGAAGAAUUAUUGGAUGAAAGAUAAAAUUUCUUAAAGAGAAUAGAAAAAUUAAAUGAAGAAAACAAUUCAUUAAAAAUUAAGAUAAUAGAUUAUACAUCUACUAUAUCAUUAAAAAAUGAAUUAAUGAAGAAUUCAGAUGAAUUGAUAACUAAAUUAUAAAAUCAAAUUAUAAAGUAAUAACAUUAAGCUACUACUUUUGUUACUAAUCCAUUUUUAUAAUUAAAAUAAAAAGAUGAUGAAUAUUAAUAAUAAGAAGAAGAAAAAUUAAAAUAAGAAAAUCAAGAACUUAGAAAUAGAAUAAUGAUUUAUUAAUAAUAGAUAGAUAUUUAUAUUUAAUAGAAAUCUUAAGAUUUAUUGAAUUAGAUUAAAUUACUUGAAGAUAGUUUGAGUAAAUAUAAAUAAUCUAAUCAAGAAUUAUAGGAUAAGUAUUUUAAUAAGAAACAAAAAUUGAGUAAUGUAUUUAAUUAAGUAAUUUUUAGCUUAAACAUAAAUAUAAUACUUUAUUAGUAGCUUAAGAUAUUACAAAAGGAAAUUUAGAUAUAAAUUUUAAGAAGAUUGAAAAUCUAGAAAAUGCAAAUAGUUUUUAAAUUGUUAAUAAUUCCACUUUAAGUCAAUAUGUAGAAAGAUUAACAAAUUGUAUUAAAAAGAUGGAAUAAAAUGAAAAAAUCUUGAAUGAUAGAAUUCAUUCUUAAUUUGUAUUCAAUUUUUUAUUUAAUAUUUUAGUAAACUAUAUAAACCUUAUCAUCAUAAGUUGAAGUUACAUCAAGAUAAAAUUAAUUAAAAAUAGAUAAUCUCAAUCAAUUAUUACUAUAAAAAUCAAUUUAAAAUGAUGAAUUAUAAUUAUUAUAUAAGGAUUUAAAGUAAUCACAUUAAGUGAUGUAGGAAUAAUAUUAAAAGGAAGUUUUAUAAUUAUAAGUAUAAAAUGAAGAACAAAAAUAAAAAAUAUAAAAUUAAGAAAUUGCUUAUUACAAAUUAGAAUAAAAUGAAAUAUAAAUUAAAUUUGAAUUAGAAAAUUAAACCAAGUAAAUAAUUUAUAUUAUUUUAGAUAGUAUUAAGAAUACAUAUAAAAAAAAGAGGAAUAAGUUAAAUUGAUAAAUGAUUAAGGGAGUAAAAUAAGAAAACUUGAAAAAGAUAAUGCAAGAAUAAAUUAAGAAUUGAAUUGGGUAACAAAUUAAAAUUAAGGUUUUUCUGAUAAAAUAAAAAAAUAAUAGUUAAUAAUAAAAGAUCUUUAAAAAGACUUAGAUUAAGUAAAGAUUGAUUACUCAUAAGCUUAAAGGGAAUUUGAAGAUAUGAAAUUUGAUUAUGAUGAAUAAAUAAUCUUCUAUUAAUAGAAUAUUCAGAGUUUGGUGAAAUAGAGAAAAGAAUUUGAAGAAGAUUUAGUAAUUAAAUAAUAAACGAUUACUAAAUAAGCUUAGAUAAUGGCUGAUCAAGAUGAAAAAUUAAAAAGAUAAGAGUUAAAUUUAAUGAAUAAGGAUUAAGAUAUAAAAUUAAUAGAGGAAAAAUUAAUGUUAGAAUCUUAGAAAUUUAAUAAUUUGAUAAUAUAAAAAGAAGAAUAAAGUGAUUAACCUGAUAAAUCUACAAUAAUAAGUUAAAAUAUUUAAGAAAUAAUUUAAAAAAAAUUGAUUUAAAAAAUAAAAUAGAAGAGAUAAUAAGGUAAUUCAAAUUUAAUUACAAUAAUUGAUUCUAUGGAAAAUGAUAAUAGUAUAUAAGAUAUAAUAGAACAUCAAUUAUAAAAUGAUAGUACACUAGAAAACUUAUUGAAUUCAAUUGUAGAAGGUCCAAAAAUAUAGACAUCUUCAACAUAAUAAUUAUACAAUAAUGGAUUUUAAAAAUAAUCCAAUUUUUAAUAGAAAUCUUAGAGUAUUCUACAAACAUAAAAUUAAACAAAACUUAAAUAAAAUUUAAUUGGAUCUAAACCAAUAAAACCUUUACCAUAAUUUAAAUAACAAUAAACUAUUGAAAUUUUACCAUAAAUAUUAACUAAAAGUAAUGAUAUUAUUUCAAAUCAAUCAUCAAGAAAUAAAACAAUUAAAUCUUCUUAAAAGAGACCAAGUAAAAGUAUGUAAAAGUCAGAAACUACUUAAAAUUAUAAUACUCUAUAAUAAAAUUAGCCAAAAUAAACAUAUUAAUCAGAUAGUAAUUUGAUCUAAUAAUAAAAUUAAUCUAGAAAUUAAAAUUUGUCCUUUUAAGUAAAUGUAGAUACAUCAUUUUAAGAAACUGGAUAAUUCCCAACUCAAUUUAUGUCAUAAAUAUAUUAAGGUGGAGAACAAAUAAAUUAUAAAACAAUUUCAGAAAAAGAAUUAAAAGUGGAUGGAGAAAAUUAAGAAUAAAGAAGGUAAUCUUAAUCUAGACCAAGAAAAUCAUCUGUAACUAAAUCAAAAUAAUUCACUUAACUUUAUAAAGUAGUAGCUGAUUAUUAUACUUAAUGUUAAUGA